AUGAAAGCAAAGCCUUUGACAGAAGAGAUUUCCGAGUCUGGAACCGAGAGUUUUUCAGGAGAUGAGUUUACUGAAGAUAUCAGCCAAGGCGAUUUCCUCCACUCAGGAGAUGCGCUGAUUCCACUCAAGAAAGUCAAAAAGAUACAAAAAGAAGGUCUAGCGCCCGCGGCAGGUCGGGUCUUCACGAACCACGGAUUUUUUUUUUUCAAAGCACCACUUUACGUUCACUCUCGAUCAUCUUGGACCAAGAUGGGAGAGAGCAAUUCAGAGCCGAAGAAAGAGACUUGGGGAGGAAAGCUAGAAUUCCUUCUCUCAUGUAUUGGGUACUGCGUCGGCCUUGGAAAUGUUUGGCGAUUCCCAUAUCUAGCUUAUCAAAAUGGAGGUGGCGUGUUCUUCAUCCCUUACUUUCUCAUGCUGUUUCUCUGCGGUAUUCCGAUUUUUCUGACUGAGCUGUCACUCGGUCAGUACUCGGGCGAGGGAACGCUUGGUGUUUGGAAAACUGUCCCAGCCUUCAAAGGAAUCGGAUACGGCAUGAUUGCUGUCAGCUUCUUCGUCAUGAUCUACUACAACAUCGUCAUAGCCUACUCCCUCCACUACCUCGUCGCUGGUUUCAACAAAGUCCUCCCUUGGACCGAGUGUAAUGCAUGGUGGAACAAAAACGAAACAAAAGCCUACUGCGAAAUAACCAAGAUGCUCACUCCAGAAAUGAAUGAUUGCAGAAACAAUGAAACAUUUUGGAAGUUGAACUCGACUUUCACCGACGCCGUUAUGCCUGACAUUCAGGAUAAUUAUUUUUUGAGUGAUCAGCAAGUUACCGAUUUGCUGGAUGUAAGCUUGAAGUCUUCUGAACCAGCGGAAGAAUACUGGUUCCGUCGAGUGCUUCAACUUUACAAUGAUGAAACCGAUGCCAACCCAGAAAUGAAAUUCACGCUGGACAAUUUGGGCGUCCCACUGGGUGAGCUCGUCGGCGCCAACUUCGUGGCUUGGCUACUCGUCUUCCUGUGCCUAUUCAAAGGCGUUCAAUCCGUUGGCAAGGUAGUCUAUGUUACCGCAACCUUCCCUUACGUCGUCUUGGUGAUCUUGGUUAUUUUUGGUGCGACGCUUGAUGGCGCUAAAGAUGGAAUUACCUUUUACCUGAAACCGGAUGUAUCCAAACUUGCCGAUUCAGGCGUAUGGGCUGCUGCUGCCACGCAGAUUUUCUACUCUCUUGGUGUUACUUUUGGUGGAUUAAUGGUCAUGUCUAGUUACAACGAGUUCGACAACAACAUCUUACGUGAUACAUUUAUUGUAUCCUGCGGAAAUUGUUUCUCAUCCGUCUUCGCUGGUUUUGGUGUCUUCUCAUUUUUGGGCCACAUGGCUUACAAAAACUGCAUCAAAGUCGAAGAUGUCGUCGCAUCCGGACCUGGUCUCGCUUUCAUCGCUUAUCCCGAAGCUAUGUCGUUGCUUCCAGCUUCGCAAUUUUUUUCAGCGUUGUUCUUUAUCAUGCUGGUCACUCUCGGCCUCGACUCACAAUUCGCCAUGGUCGACGUCCUCAUCGCUGGCUUUUGGACGAGUUUCCAAGUUGCCGCUAUGGUUGGCGACGAGUCGCUGUUCUCUCUACUACCUGCUUGA